CGAGAAAAGCGUCUGGAUGUGAGAGAGCGAGAAAGACAGACUUGGAGAGUUUGGUAUCAACAUAAUGCACAGCACACUAUAAGGAAGGGAGCGGGACAGGCUGAGACAAUGGAGGCUGCGGUAUAGGCUACUGCAGUGCAGGUUUGUGGGUUGUUGUUUCUGUGGCUGAAGAUAGAUUUGACAUUCGAAUUCUGAGAGACACCUGGCAACCCGUAGCUGAGCUGGAGAGUGAUAAUGUCUGUACAGGCCAGACGACAACACAGCAUACAGCAGCCAAUGAAAGAGCCCGGAACAGGAAGCUGAGAUGGAGUUCCCAGAGUUCCCAGGGUGCCCUGCUGCUGCCGGCGUUGCCGUGGGCGACGAGGCGGAGAAGGAGGGCCAUGCCCAGGUUCUAUUUGAUGAGUUUGUCCAGGCGUCUACCUGCAGAACGACACUCCGUGCCUUCAACCUGCUGUGUGAGCACCUUCAGCUCACACACACACACACACAGCCACAGACAUACUCCCCGACGCAGCCGCAGAGGCCUUUCUACCACAGCCUCAAAGAACGCCUCAGCUACUGGAAGGCAAACGCACUGUGGGCCAAACUGGACAAACGGGCGGCCCACCACGAAUAUGGGAAGGGCCGUGUCUGUGCCAACACCACGUGUGUGAUCAUCGGGGCGGGGCCGUGUGGUCUGCGUACAGCAGUAGAGCUGGGGUUCCUGGGGGCCAGAGUGGUGCUGCUGGAGAAGAGAGAUGCCUUCUCCAGGAACAACGUCCUUCACCUCUGGCCUUUCACCAUCCACGACCUCAGGGGCCUCGGGGCCAAGAAGUUCUACGGCAAGUUCUGUGCUGGAGCCAUUGACCACAUCAGUAUACGGCAGUUACAGUUGGUGUUAUUAAAGGUGGCUCUGUUGCUGGGGGUGGAAGUCCAUGUCAACGUAGAGUUCAAGGGACUGGUGGAGCCACCAGUGGACCAGGAGCAACAGAAGGUAGGCUGGAGGGUGGAGGUGAAACCCAAGUCUCACCCUAUUAACCAACUGCAGUGUGACGUGGUGAUCGGAGCUGAUGGACGACGGAACACACUGCCAGGGUUCAGGCGUAAGGAGUUCCGUGGCAAGCUGGCCAUUGCCAUCACAGCUAACUUCAUGAACCGUAACACCACGGCUGAGGCCAAGGUGGAGGAGAUCAGCGGAGUGGCCUUCAUCUUCAACCAGAGGUUCUUUCAGGAGCUACGGGACACCACAGGAGUGGACCUGGAGAAUAUAGUGUACUACAAGGACGACACACACUACUUUGUGAUGACGGCUAAGAAGCAGAGUCUGCUGGAGAAAGGAGUCAUUCUGCGGGACUAUGCAGACACAGAAACACUUCUCUCACGGGGAAACGUGGACCAGAAUGCGCUGCUGGCCUACGCCCGCGAGGCGGCGGACUUCUCCACCAAUCACCAGCUGCCGUCCCUGGACUUUGCCAUGAACCACUACGGGCAGCCUGAUGUUGCCAUGUUUGACUUCACCUGUAUGUACGCGUCAGAGAACGCUGCACUGGUCAGACAGAGACAUGGACACCAUCUACUGGUCACACUGGUGGGAGACAGCCUUCUGGAGCCGUUCUGGCCCAUGGGGACAGGUAUAGCACGGGGGUUCCUGGCAGCAUUGGAUUCUGCCUGGAUGGUACGGAGCUGGGCUCAAGGCCUCGCCCCCCUGGACAUACUUGCUGAAAGAGAGAGUCUGUAUCGUCUCCUUCCUCAGGCCUCUCCAGAAAAUGUCAACAAGAACUUUGGUCAAUACACUGUAGACCCAGCUACCCGCUACCCUAACAUCAACCACCAACUCAUCACCCCCGCACAGGUGGGGCAUCUAAUAUACACAGAAGAGAGUGGAGGUUCGGGUGCGGACCAGGAACCACGACCCCGAUCCCCCUUGCCGAAGCUACUACGACAGGAGUCCUUCUCUCGCUCCAGUAAGCUUUUGUCAUGGUGCCAGCAGCAGACACAGGGUUACCGUGGCGUUGCAGUUAGCGACCUCACUACUUCCUGGAAGAGUGGCCUAGCUUUGUGUGCCCUCAUCCACCACUACCGACCUGACCUCAUUGACUUUGACUCUCUAAAGGAGGAUGAGGGGGAGGAGAAUAUGAGGUUGGGGUUGGAGGUGGCAGAGAAGGAGUUUGGCAUCUCUCCUGUGAUGACUGUCGAGGAGAUGUUGUCUGUCAGUGAAACGGACACUCUCUGUAUGGUCAUGUACCUCAGCCAGUUUCACCAGCUCUUCAAGGACGCACUGCCCCCAAGCGAAUCCCAGACCGAGAGCCUAGAUGGGAGGGCUGCUGUGAUUGGUCCUGCCUCUCUCCUCAGCCGCCUGGGCCACAGCCCAUCCCGCAAGCGCAACCCCAAGGAGCAGAAGGAGAAGGAUGCGGUGGGGAAGAGGAGGAAGACCAGUCGGCCAUGUCUGGAGGAUGUGAGACAGGAUCUCAGAUUAGUGGACAGUUAUGAGGAAGAGGCUGCCUUGUGCUCUGUGGGUGGAGCAAGCCAGAGCAGAGUGCGCUCGAUGGCCAAUCAGCUGCUGGCCAAGUUUGAGGAGAAUGCCCCUUGCCCCUCCUCCACGCCAGCUGCAGCUCUCCGCAGACAGGGGGACUCCAUGCCCAUGCUUCCACCUCCUCCAGCAUCCCCUGACCCCCAGGAACCAGCCUUUGUGGCCUCCGCUGCAACCUGGAAACAGGUAAAAAUAAAGAAGCGCACGCAGCAGCAGGAGCAGAUGAGUUUCAAGUACAAGGAAAAGGUCAAAUGUCACACUCUGCCCAGCAGGGGAGAGCAGAAAUACGUUCAGAUGUACACAGGGGGAGUAAGCUCAUUGGCUGAACAGAUAUCCUGUCAGCUUCAAAGUCAGGAGUCACCGUCACCCCAGCACACUCCUGAUAGGAAGGAAUCGGCUGGCGUUCACUCUGUGUUGGCGGGGCCAGGGCCAGGGCCAGGAGGGGCCAGUGACGUGUGUUUCUUCUGCAGUAGGCGUGUGUACGUGAUGGAGAGACUCAGUGCUGAGGGACUGUUCUUCCACCGGAGCUGCUUCCAGUGUGACCACUGCAGCUCCACCCUUCGCCUGGCCUCUUACGCCUACGACCGGCCUAACGGGAAGUUCUACUGUAAGCCGCACUAUGACCUCCGUCUGGUUGGGCCGGUCCAGAGGAAGAGACCAGCUCCUCCUAUCGCCGACCAGCAUCCAACCCCCUACGAACGGACCCCCUCUCAGCAGACCCUCCUGGAGUCCCCAGCUGCUCUGUCCACUAACCCUCGCUCCUCAGUAACUGUGGUGACAGCAGAUCGCAGGUCCUCAGUGGCAUCUCUGAUUGAGAGGGAGUGUGGCUUGGCUAAGCGCGUGCGCGGCACGCCAGAACGUAUAGAGCUGGAGAACUACCGUGGGAGCCUGGGGAGCCUGGAGACUGAGCAGCUAACAGAUGAGCCGGAGGAGGUGCCAGAGGAGACACUGGCCAAUUACAACCUCAGUCUGCUGGUGACAGAGGUGAAGAAGGCCAAUCACAAGCGCAUCUCGUUGCGGGACAACGAGGGCACCAGUUCAGAAUCAGAGACGGAGGAGGAGGGGGAGAGGCAGCGGGCUCUAACCAAUGACCUGGCUAGAGACUCAUGGAGGAAGGCCAUGGAACUACACGCACGCCUCCGAGGAGAGAGAGGAGAUGACGAAGAAGAGACAGAAGAAGGAGAGGAGGAAGGAGAGGUUGAUGAAGAUGAUGAUGAUGAUGAUGAUGAGGAGGAGUUAUCUAGUGAUGGGGAAGGAGCAUCUCCACUCACCGCUGAGGAGGUAGCCUCGUUGGACGAGUGGCAGCAGAGCACACACUCUCCAGACACAUACACACCUGACACACACACGCAUGACACAAACACGCCUGACACGCACUCUCCAGACACACACACGCCUGACAUACAACUGCCUGACUCGACAACACCCGACACACACGGUCCACACAGCCCCACCAGUGUACCCAAUAUCACCUUCUCCACUCCGGCCACUGCCUCAACACCCUUCACACCCACACCUUUAACGUCGCAUGCACCCACACCCACGUCCUCAGUGUCAAUUCCAGACUCCUCUGUCUUUACCUACUCCUCCCCCAACUCCUCCACCACCUCUGGCUGCUCCCCGGGUCCAGACGAGGGAGAGGAGGAUGGGGAGAAGAAAGAGAUGAAGGAGAGAAAAGAGCGAGAGGAGAGGGAGAGAGGGGGGAAGGAGAGGGAGAGGGUGCGUGACUCCAGCAGUAGUUCAGGGAUCGGUGUGGGGAGCUCCACCACCUCUACCUCGGACCCUCUCACCCCUCCCGGCAUCCCUCCCCCCGCCCAGCUCAAGGCAUGCUGGGAUAGCCUGCCCCACCCUUCUGUGGAGGCAGAGUCACUGCAAAGCCCUGUGUCUCGCCCUGCCCCUCGAUUUGCCCCCGCACCUAUCAUGGCGUCGGCUGUUGUGCGGGGGGUCGGGGGCAAGAAGCUGAAACCGUGGGACGUGGAUGGGGGAAGGGGAUUUGUUGCGGGGGGGUCUGUUGGGGCGGGGUCUCUUGGGGAGAAGCUGUGUAAGGGUGUAGUAAUAGACCCCUUAGAGGACAUCAACCCCCCCUUGUCCCCCCUGAAGCCCCUUAAGGCAGUGCCCAGAGACGAGAGAGAGAUCGGGAGGAAGAGGGAGAUGGAGAGGAGGAGGGAGAUAGAGAGAGCAGCCAUGGGAGUGGGCUGGGAGGACACGAAAAUCCCCCUAGGAAGGGAGCCUCUCCCAAGGAAGAGCAGAGGUGGUCUAGACCCCCGCAGACUCACAGAGAGCUUGCCCCCCCUCCUCCUCACACAACUCCAGGGGGGCUCCCUCUUCCCUUCACGUAAGUGCUGCAGGGACAACCAGCCCCCCAGCCAGAGUGUGUCUGAAGCGGGCAUAGGAGAGGGUGGACCCCUGGGCCUGUGGAGAGCUGUCAUCUCUGGCUAUAAGAGGGACAGGAAGAAGAAGGGCAGGACUUCCCUUUCCAAAAUGGCAACAGCCCCAGCCCCCAAAGAGCAGGGCAGGAGGAAAACUUCUGCGGAGAGAAGAGGUGUGAAGUUCAGGGAGCGCCAGAGCUGGUCGGAGCCGGAGGAGUCAGACAUCACCUGCUCUGUUGUGAUGGAGAGGUGCUCCAUGAACCCCAAGGCCAACCUUCGUCUGGAGCUGUUUGACCUAGCGUCAGACCUUCAGAAGGACACCAUUGAGGAGGAGGAGGAAGAGGAGAAUGAGGAAGGGGAGUCUGCAUAUGUGCCUCAUGCCCUGGCCUUUAAGAGGGCGUAUGCCAUUAAGAGGCACGUGGGGAAGGAGAGGGAGCGGGACAGCUCCCCCCAUAUUGAUACACAGCGGAAGUCAUCGUGCCCUACGGAGGUGGUGGGGGUACUGGUGCACAUGAUGGACCUGAAGGACCCGUCCAGCCUGGAUGUGUCAGAGGCCAUGUUCCACAGAGACCGGGACCCAGAGGAGGAGCAGCUAGAUGCCAGGUUAACACGCAGAGUACAGAGGGCGGCGCGCAAACAGGCCAAACAAGAGCAACUCAAGAGACUGCACAGGGCCCAGAUGAUCCAAAGGCAGUUGGAGCAGGUGGAGGAGAAGCAGAGGCAGCUGGAGGAGAGGGGUGUGGCUGUAGAGAAGGCCUUGAGAGGGGAAGCAGACUACUGGGGAGAGUCGAAUGACAGUGAAGAGCUGGACUUACACCUGGGAGUCAUGGGCAGGCAGGAUGACCCAGCUCUGAUGCAGCAGUGGUUCAAGCUGGUCCAGCAGAAGAACUGUCUGAUGCGCUAUGAGUCAGAACUCAUGAUAUUUGCUCGGGAGCUGGAGUUGGAGGACAGACAGAGCCGUCUUCAACAAGAGCUCAGAGAGCGGAUGGCCGUGGAUGACCACCUGAAGGGUGAGGCAGAGCUGGCUGAGGAGAAGCUAAUCCUGGGGGAGAUGUUGGAGGUGGUGGAGCAGAGAGAUGCUCUGGUGUCUCUGCUGGAGGAGCAGCGGCUGCAGGAGAGCCAGGAGGACAGAGACCUGGAGGCCAUCAUGCUGUCCCGGGGACUGGGCCUGCACAACUGGGCCUGAGCUCUAUUCCGGGGACUGGGCCUGCACAACUGGGCCUGAGCUCUCUUCCGGGGACUGGGCCUGCACAACUGGGCCUGAGCUCUAUUCCUGGGACUGGGCCUGCACAACUGGGCCUGAACUCUAUCCCUGGGCCUGGGCCUGCACAACUGGGCCUGAGCUCUAUUCAGGGGACUGGGCCUGCACAACUGGGCCUGAGCUCUAUUCCGGGGCCUGGGCCUGCACAAAUGGGCCUGAGCUCUAUUCCUGGGACUGGGCCUGCAAAAGCAAAAGACACUCACGUCACUUUCCCUCUAAAUCUGCGAUCAGGGUCAUGGUUGUGAGGUCACUUCGCCUCUGAUACAACGUUAUGACCAGGAUCAAGGCGGGACUGUCUGGAUGAUCCAUUUUUAGGAUUGGAUAUGUUUCCCCAUCCUGCUACACCCAUCCUGCUGCUACACCUAUCCUGUUGCUACACCCAUCCUGCUACACCCCUGACUCACUGACUGAUGGGCCUUUGAGAUGGCUCGAUAUUCUAUGCUCACUAUACUCACCCAGGCUGUUGUUAUGGCAAUAUAUGCCAUGUUUGAAUUAUCUGUAUUGUUAUUAACAAUUUAGAGAAAUGUAUAUUAUGUAAAAAGAAACAAUACAUUUUUAACUCUUUUUUUUUUAUUCUACUAAUUAUGUUUUACUUCCAACAUUGGAUAAUAAAGACAUUCUGACAUCA